AUGUUCACCAGGAAACACCUUGUGUACCGCUUGAUUCUCAGCACGGCGUUGUUCAUGAUGCAAAAUGGGUUUGGCAUCAACGCCAUCACUUACUACUCUCCAACCAUCUUCAAGUCUAUAGGCGUCAAUGGCUCCAACAGCACCCUUCUUUCUACGGGGAUCUUCGGUGUUCUCAAAGCAGCAGCGGCGCUUUUCUGGAUCUUCUUCUUGGUGGAUAAAGUUGGCCGCAGAGCAUGUCUCAUCUGGAUAGCCCUCCCGUGCUCCAUCUGUAUGUGGUACAUUGGAGCAUACGUAAAGAUCGAAAACCCAACCGAAAAGCUUGCCAGUGGCGAUACCAGCAGCACCCCAGGCGGUAAAGCUGCCCAGGGUCUCCUCUACAUCUGGACGGUGUUUUACGGAAUGACAUGGAACGGAACGCCGUGGGUGAUCUGCUCGGAGAUCUUCCCUCAAUCUGUGCGUACUGUGGCCCAGGCAGUCAAUGCCUCGUCCAACUGGUUUUGGGCUUUCAUCAUUGGCCACUUCACAGGCCAGGCGAUCGAUGCCAUUGGGUACGGCUACUACUUGUUGUUUGGAGCGUGUUCGGUGGUUUUUCCGGCAGUGGUGUACUUCAUCUAUCCAGAGACCAAGGGUGUGCCGUUGGAGGCCAUAGACUACCUAUUUGAAGUGCCUGCUUGGAGAGCACAAGGACAUGCUUUAAAGCGGUACCGUGCUCACUACAUGGGAGAAGAAGGCGAAGAGAGGGAGAGAUGCUCAGGUCUGAUAGUGGAAAAACAUAGAGAUGGAGUUUAG